UUGAGAACCAAAACAGAGCGUGUUUGCUGCGUAGUUUUGAGAACCAGGAGGCAUAAUUUCGUGAUUUGAAAGAACGACGCCGCAGGGGACACUUGGCAGGAUGAGCAGCGUGUGGUAUCUGCAACAUGUGACCACUGGCCAGCGCCACAUCCUGCACAACGGGACCAACUUGGUGGGUCGCCACUCGCGCUGCCGGAUAGUCCUGGCUGGAACCUACGAGUUUGUGUCCCGGGAGCACGCCAAGUUUAUCGUGCGCGAUAACGGAGUAGUGGUGCAGUCGAUGAACGCCUUGAACGGCAUCUUCAUCAAUGACGGCAAGCUGAGCGACAAGAUCAACCGCUUGCCCGUGGCCGAGGGCUCCAUCAUCAGCCUGGGUGUCACGGGAAUCGAGAAAAUCACGGGCAUCCAUGCCAUUUUCGUACUGAAGAAAAUGGAGCCCACGGCGGAAGAGGUGAUUCUCUCCUCCGACGACGAUGAUACCACGCCCCUUCCCGCUGUUCGAUCCCCCAGUGGCAAUCAGCCCACUGAGUUUAAUCUUCAGCAGCAAAUACCCAACUUUGGGGUCAAGAAGGACCCCAGCCAGGAGGAGGAGCAGCAGGAGGAACUGCCCUCCAGUUCCGGUCUGCAUCUCCCAAAAAUAAACGAGGUGAAGCAGGAGAUCGUAAACCAAACCACCGAGCAGAUACAGACCAUCUUUGGGGAGCCCAACGAUGCCAUUCUUAACUCGGUGCUAGAACUAAAUCCCUAUUUGUACAACCAGCUAAACAAAAAGGCUCCGGGCAGUGCGACGACCCAAUCCAAAAUUCACGAUGGCGACUGCAUUGAACUGGAAACUGGUGCAGAGGGGCCAAUACCAGAGGAACAGCAGAACUGCGAGGCAAUCGAGCGACCAGAUGGCAACCAAAUGCCGCCACCGCAGGAAGUGGUCAACGAGGAGGAGGAGUACGACGAGAGUUUCGCCAUGUCGCAGGCAGUACUGCGCGAAAUGAAGACCGAGAUGGCCUUCAACGAGGGCGAAGAGGACUUUCUGGACUGCAAUGGCCUGGGCAACAUGGCCGAGGGUUCCCCCACAUCGCAUACCUACGACGACGUCGUCAUCGACAUCAGCGACUCCGAGGAUGAGGAGCUGUACGGCAAGGUGGCCGACUGGUCCAAGUUGCUCAGCCAAAAGAUGGUUCCCGAUGUCAUCGAAAUGUCGCAGACAUACCCGGUGGUUGAGGAGGAGCAGCAGGAGGAUUCGGACUCGGACAUGGAGAUUGGAGUGAAACAUCCGUCGAGGGCUUUGCGCAUCGAAACCUCCAGUGAGGACGAAGCUUCCGAGACCAAGUCUUCCAACGAUCACGUUGUGCGGCAGGCCGACAGCACAACUUGCGAUCCUUCAGCGAUUCGAAAAUGCUCGAUACGCAUAAGAAAGCAUAAACCAACAGACAAUGUCAGCUCCACUGCAGAUGUUGAAGGUUUCGAGGAGGCAGAUAAAACUAGGGAUGACCGUCAACCAAAAUCUUGUUUAAAAACUAGGCAGCCACUAAAUGAAGAGACUAACAAGUCCUCCAACCGGAAGAGAGAUACAUCAAAGCCCACAACUUCCAAGGUAAUCGAAGAGGCUACCGUUGAGCCACCUAAAAAAAUGCUACGCAGUCGUUCAAAGUCAUGCUAUAUGGAUCGACUAGAAGAACUAGAUGAACUUUUAGAUAAAAAAGGAAAUAAACAAAGGAAAUACAACGAAGAGACUGAUAACAGCCGAGAAGAAUUGGUGGUAACUCUAGAGGCUCCGGAAAAAGUAGACAUCCCGGCCAAAAAAAGUAAUAAAAAAGGGGAAACUAAAAAGCCCACGAUUCGCGGCAGACGCAAAACAAUUCAAAGUCGAGAAGAGUUCGAGGCGUUGGCGGUUUCUCCUUCGAAACAGGCCAAUGAUGAAGAUCUGGUUGUGACUUUAGAGGCUCCGAAAAAGCUGAACACUCCUUCAAAAGAAAAUAAUAAAAAGGUUGAGGAUAAGAAAACCCCGGUUCGCGGCAGACGCAAAACCAUACACAGCCGAGAAGAAUUCGAGGCGUUGACGGCUAAGAUUAAGGAAGCUGAAGCGAUUACCCCAACAAAGGUUACUCCUAAGCAGAGCACUGCUGAAGUUCCAAUCAAACGAAGCCCAAGAUUGCUCAACCGCUCGGUAUCGUGCUUUAUGGAUCGUCCUGUGACCACGGAAACCGAUAGUCCCAUCAAGAAAAUUACCAAAGAGCCUUCUCCAGCUAAAAGCGAUACUUUUGGAAGAGCCACGAGUUCAAAUGAGGCCAGGUUUUCACGCGGACCAUCAGUUAUUGAGGCUCCAUCCUUGCCGAAGAAUCGUGGCAAACUGCGAGGGGUCUCGGCAGAGGUUAAAACCAAAGAAAAGGUAAUAGAGCGCCAGCGUUUAAUUGACUACAAGGCCGACAUGAACAACAAGUGGAAGCAGAAGCCCAAAGACAAGAAAAAGGAAGAUGUCAAAAUAAAGGAAAAUCGCCGCGAAGCGCUCAAGAAGCUGUCGGAAAAACCUAAGGAAAAGGAGAACAGCUCGAGGAGCGGCAAGAGAAAGCACAUAACAAGUGUGCCCACCGUUAGCAACUCCAAUCGAGGCGAUUUCCUAACCAAAGAAGUGGGGCCACCGGCGAAGGUGGCCAAGACGGACUUUGCCAAGCCAAAGAAACCCAUGCCUGCUCGACGCUCCACCAUCGAGACAUUCUCCCAGCAUCUUCGGGCAGCUGACGAAGCCUUGCUCUAUCCGCAGCCACUUUGUCCUCGUACAGUUGAGCGUAAAGACGCCGAGCAGGCGAGAAAUCAGCGCACCUGCAAUAAAGUUACCUUUGCCGAAAUGGAACAGUACCAUCAAAAGGCCGAGGAUUUAAAUAAGCUUCAAAAGAAGCUCAGGAAGGUGCAUUUCAAUGAUAAUGUCGUCGUACACCUCAUCGAUAUGGUCCCAGAAGCCAGAUCCCAGGUGCAGGGACGCAAGGAGAGCAUCAAGCUCUUCCUCAGCACCUAUCGCGAACGCCACGAAUGGGUUCGCAAGGAUAAAAAGCCGGUGAACGACAUACGCCAGCACUCGCGGAGCAUCAUGAAAUGGGCUAACCAGUGGCUGAAACUCGGCAGUGUCGAAGCGGCCGACCUAGAUUGCUUACUACCGAUUUCCCAUGAAUUUAAUUCUUUCAAGCACUACAAGGAGACCUUUGUUCCGCUGAUGAGGCUGGAGCUGUUAUCCACCAUCGAGAGGGACUACAAAGCGAAUACGCAGGUUUUUUCCGUCACCUUAAAGGAUUUUUAUGAACAGAAUAACAGCUUUCGUUUGGUUACCAAAGUCAAUAACAGACCCAAUGGAAACUUUGUACUUUAUACCCUAAAGGGUAAACCACUGGAAGAGACAUUUGCCAAUCUAAUAGACGUCAAGUCUUCCGGGGGCAACCUAUACGAAUACACUUUUGAGAUCCUGAAAGAGGCUAUAAUCGAAGAACGGCUCAAGGAACUAAAGCUUAUAACUGCCCGACCAGUUGUGGAUAGUCUGAGGGUGGAGUUAGGGGCUUUGAGUGCCGUCCAUCAGCUGUAUUGCUCGCCGCUCUGGCGUCGCAUAAUGAAGCCCUCGCAGACAAUAAUUGAGGUUGCGCUACCCAAGCAGCCCUUCACCUUCAAGGGCUUCAGUAAGUUGAACGAACAUCAGGAGAAUAUUGUACUGCGGACCUACCAGCGCGUUAUCGAGGAUGUGGAACCGAGUCUCACGCUGAUCCAGGGUCCACCGGGAACGGGCAAGUCCAAGGUUAUUUCCGAGCUAUGUCUGCAGACGCUUUAUGGCAAUGCCGCCAGGAUGCUGGACCGUAAAAUAUUGAUUUGUGCCCAUUCCAACACGGCCGUAGAUCAUAUUGUUAAGCUGCUUGGCAUGGUGUGGCGUGCAAUGAGCCACGACCGCUUCCAAUUGCUGCGCUUCGGGAUGCAUGAGCGGAUGAGCGUUUACUCGCGUCCCUUCUCGCUGGAGGCGCACUUCAAUAAAGCCAGGGAGCGAAAGAUGCAGGGACUUACCUCUGAAAAUAGUACGAUUCUAAAGAAGCAGCUCGACGACCUCAAGGCGGAGAUACAUCAACUGAAGCAAAAACCAAAUCUUGCGGGCACAUAUUUGCAGCAGCAGUUGCAGCAGAAGGAACGCCAGUUGCGGUUGGUCAGCGAUCAACUGAAUCCGCCGCUGUCUCAGCGCGAGGAGUACGAAAUAUCUCGAAAUUGCGUGGCCCAGGCCAAUAUCAUCUGCACAACGCUCUCCUCGUGUGUAAAACUGGCCAAUUAUGUGGACUUUUUCGACAUCUGCAUCAUCGAUGAGGCCACCCAAUGCACAGAGCCCUGGACCCUGCUGCCCAUGAGAUUUGGUUUAUCCCAUAUGGUUAUGGUUGGUGACACCCAACAGCUACCGGCGGUGGUGCUGUCCAGGAAGGCCAUCGAUUAUGGCCUCUCCAACUCCAUGUUCGACCGCGUUCAGCGGAGUCUGCAGAAGCAGCUGGACAAGCCGGGCGGCAAUCAGUUUGUGCAUACGAAAAUCUUUAAGCUGAGCAUGCAGUACCGCAUGCACCCGGAAAUUUGUCGCUGGCCCAACAAGUAUUUCUACGAGGAUCAGUUGGUGAACGCCGAGUGUACCGCCCGCUUCGCAUCGCCGCUCAUUCCAUACUGCGUGAUCAAUUUGAGAUACACGCAAGACAACAGUGGCGCUCAGAGCCGCAGUAUCAGCAACGACGAGGAGGCGCGCUUUGUGGCCAAACUCCUGACCGAGAUGGACAAACACAUGUCGAGCAAGCUCUACAGCUACGGCAUAAUCUCGCCGUACCAGAACCAAUGUUACGCCUUGGCACAGGUGAUUCCCAGCCACAUGAACCUUACUCCUUUGACCGUGGACUCCUAUCAGGGAUUGGAGAAGGAUGUAAUCAUAAUUUCGAAUGCCAGGACACGCGGCUGCGGCUUCCUCACCAACUACCAGCGACUCAAUGUGGCUUUGACCAGGCCGAAGCGUUGCUUAGUCAUUUGUGGCAACUUUGAUGAUCUGAAGUCUGUGGACAUGUGGCGUCAGUUACUCGAAGAUGCUCACGAUCGGAAAGUAUACUUUGAUUUGGAGCGCGAAGAUGUGGACGACCUUCAUAACUCGCUAAUUAAAAAGAUGCUGGUUAAGCCCAUCGAUCUGGCUUAGAGAAAUCAUCUCAAUUGAAUUGAUUAAAACGGAUUUUAGCUUUAGGAAUCCCCCCAAGUGCCAUGGAAGAGAAUCUCUUCCCAUUUAAGUUUACGAAAUAAUUUUGUUCUUUUCACUUCACUUUUUUAUAUAUUUAACAUAGAGACUGUAAGAUUUUAGAUUGAAAUCUUUGUACACUUAGUUCAUUAAUACGCCGUCGACUUGCAUUCCUUUCGUAAAUGCCAUACAGAUACUCGUAUAACAGGAUUUAUAAGUAAACGAUUAUAUAUCAUCUAUGUACUUUUUGAGAAAGUGUCACGGGCUGAGGAUGAUGCUGAUGUAUUGUAUGACCGAAGGAACGUUAAGAAAUAAAUAUUGAAUUCGUUAAAACAA